GAACUGCUCUCCAUAUUUCAUAUUGACGUCCUUGAUUCCCAUCUCGCUUGCCACACCAACUCCAUCCCAGUGUGCUGGCUUUCCAUACGGACGAUGGCAUCAUCACUGCGUCCAGCAUCACGACUGGUCGUGAGACCGAUAGCUGGCUCGAGUUUUUUGCGACAAGCAGACAGAUCACCCUUCCUGCGCGCCACAGCUCAAUUCCACACAUCAACCCCUCGAAAUGCCCUCCCAUCAGGUCCUCCUCCACAAGGCUACAGAUUACCACGGCCGAAGCGAUUCGAUGAAGGCGAGCACGUCAUGGACAAAGCUUCCAAUUACUUCCUCCUGACUGAGAUGUUUCGUGGCAUGUAUGUCGUGCUGGAACAAUUCUUCCGACCACCUUAUACAAUUUUCUAUCCCUUUGAAAAAGGUCCCAUCUCUCCCAGAUUCAGAGGAGAACACGCUCUGCGACGAUAUCCAUCCGGCGAGGAGAGAUGUAUCGCUUGCAAGCUAUGUGAAGCUAUUUGCCCUGCCCUGGCCAUCACAAUCGAGGCCGAAGAACGAGAAGACGGAUCAAGACGGACAACUCGAUAUGAUAUUGAUAUGACAAAAUGCAUCUAUUGUGGUCUCUGCCAAGAGAGCUGCCCUGUUGAUGCCAUAGUCGAAACACCCAACGCUGAAUAUGCCACGGAAGAUCGAGAAGAGCUCUUGUACAACAAAGAGAAGUUGUUAUCCAAUGGAGACAAGUGGGAGCCUGAGUUGGCAGCGGUGGCCAGAGCAGAUGCUCCAUACAGAUAGGAAGCCCGUGGGCGGAUGGAAGGUCGGCUCAUUGCAUCUAGCCUAGCGUGUACAUAAUUUUCACGAAAUAGCACGAAGCGCUCCGGGAGAGGCGAUUGUCGCUAAGGACCGUGGCUCACAUGUGUCAGGUCUGAAAAUUUAUUGCGACGAUGCUCGCGAGUGAUAUCAAGCACUUGGAAACUUCAAUCGAGUUCUAUCCCGGCAUUAACUUUUCACCCAUGGUUUCUUGCCUCCCGUGCUCAAUUGAUCUAUGUUGCUGAGUCUAUCAC